CGAAUCGUGAUCCCCUGGUUUUAUUGAUUGGUUGUACUAACUGCUGUUUUUACAGUUUGAAUUGUAUUUCAUGAGGAUAUCUCUUAAGUUCUUGUUUACAGCAUGAUUUAUGUUUCCUGAGAAUCCAUUCAAAAUUCACUGAAAGCAGCACUUUAAGGUAUCAUCCCACAAUCACAAGCAAUUGAAUUAGAGGAGGUAGGUAGAUGGUUGCUACUUAAAUUAGCUCUUUUUGUCCUCUCCUAUUUCGUAUGUGCUGCACUUCACACUCAAAAUUACCAUUUGGUGCAAAGGAUGUGAAUUUUCAUAGCCUUAACUAUUUUUUUUAAACUGAGAACGAAGUAAAAAAACAUUCUUCUUGGCUUAACUAUAAAUGAUAUAAGAAAAGCUUUGAAAAAAUGCAGGUAACCCUGAAUCAUAUCUUCACACAUAAUAUUCUUUCCAAUACUGGUAAAACUGAUGUACAAAAACAUUCAAAAUUUUCAGAGUGGAAACAUGAAAAGACAGGUUUGUGGAGAAGCAUUGAGCAGUUACCUUGAAAUUUUUGGAUGCAAAAUUUCACUUGAAACAGCCUUUUUCUUUCCCCUUUUUUGUUUAAUGUGACUGGUGUGACAUAUUAAUAUCUUAAACAUGCAUUAUGCUGUGCUUUAUGAGGGGUGGGAGGGGAGGAGAAAAGGGAGGUGAGAAGUUGCACUUUGCUGUUCAACUGAAGCUACAUCUCUAGUUCCCAGUGCAGAGACCAGAUCCAGAAAUAGGUUAUAGUUGACCAAUCAGCCCUCCUAGACUAAGAAACUUCCUUAGGUUUUUAAGUACUGUGAAUCCAGGUAAAACAAAGACCAUGUAUGUAUUAAGAUUAGGAGUCUAGAGUGCAAAUGUACAGAGACAGAGUGAAGGGUGAAAGCUCAGUGUUGUGAGCCUCAAUGAGGUUUUAAAAAGAAGUUCCCAUGAAGCAUAUGCUGACACACACAUCAUGAAUAAUUUAGGGUGUAGACAGAGGAGAGGGCAGCCAGCUGCACUUGGUGAGCCAGCUGCAGCACACUGAUAAGCUGUCCUCGGAGUUCUGCUAGGCGGAAGUAGCAGUAAUAGCUGGUGGUUACAAGAUUAUGGGUCAUUGACGGGAAGCUGCAAGGAUAAACAGUGGAUCAGCAUGUUUGGUAAUGAGAGAACACAACAAAAGAGGUCUUGAAAAACCUCCAAGUUCAAGCUACCACCAAGAUGUUCACUAAACAAUGAGUGACUUUCUUAUGUCGGCAUUAAGCUGUCCACUGCUAACUGAGAGCUGGAGGUGGCAGGAGAAGCUUAGCUGCACCCUUCUGUCCUCCAAGUAAAUCUUCAUGUAUCUGACCAGGAUCCAUACUACAGAUUUAAUGAUGUGAUGUACAGAUGGAUCUCACUAGAUAACUGGACUUACAGCAGGACGUUCAAAACUCCUUUUGACAUCAGAAAGUGGCAGAAAGUGAAUUUGGUUUUUGAGGGAGUAGAUACAGUAGCACAGAUCCUGCUCAACAAUGUCACUCUCGGGAGAACAGACAACAUGUUCACCAGAUACAGCUUUGAUAUUAGCAGUGUGAUCCAGGAGGUCAAUUGCGUUGAGGUCCGUUUCUUGUCAGCUGUUUCGUACGCAGCGGAGCAGAGCAGAUGUCACAAAGGACACAGCAUCCCCCCGGCGUGCCCUCCACCUGUGCAGAAAGGAGAGUGCCACGUUAAUUUCAUCAGAAAGGAGCAAUGCUCAUUUAGUUGGGAUUGGGGCCCUUCUUUUCCCACUCAAGGAAUCUGGAAAGAUGUUAGGAUUGAGGCCUAUAACCAUUAUCACCUGAUUUAUUUUUCUAUAACUCCUCUCUUUGUAAAGAGUGCUCAGCAGUGGUGUCUUGAAGUCGAGUCUAUUUUUGGUGUAGUCAGCUCCAAGCCAAUCGCAGGUCUUGUGACUGUGAACAUUCCCAAGUUACAAACGCAGCAAUCGUUCAGUGUGAAGCUUCAACCUGGAGAAGGCAGCAUUGUGCUGCAUGUAAACAUCAACAAGAGUGCUGCAGUGGAGGCUUGGUGGCCAAAUGGACAUGGAAAGCAAACUGGAUACAACAUGACAACAACUUUCAUGAUGGAGGCAGGAUGCCAGAUUGAGAAGUUUUCAAAGGUCUAUUUUCGGACAGUAGAACUUAUUCAGGAGCCUAUUCCUGGCUCACCAGGCCUGAGUUUCUACUUCAGAAUCAAUGGCCGACCCAUUUUUAUUAAGGGCUCAAACUGGAUUCCAGCAGAUUCUUUCCAGGACAGAGUGACCUCUGACACACUAAGGCUACUCUUGAAGUCUGCAGCAGAUGCUAACAUGAAUGCCCUUCGGGUUUGGGGAGGAGGAGUAUAUGAACAAGAUGAAUUUUACGAUAUUUGUGAUGAAAUAGGAAUAAUGAUUUGGCAGGAUUUCAUGUUCGCGUGUGCACUAUAUCCAACCAGCCAGAAUUUUUUAGAAUCCGUAAGAGCAGAAGUUACUCAUCAGAUGCGACGUUUAAAAUCUCAUCCAUCAAUUAUUCUGUGGAGUGGUAACAAUGAAAAUGAAGCAGCAAUUGCAAGCAACUGGUUCUCCAUACCUUAUCCUGACAUAGGAGUCUAUAUCAAAGACUAUGUGACCCUUUAUGUGAAGAACAUACGUGAAAUAGUUCUUCGUGAAGAUAAGAGUCGUCCUUUUGUGACAUCCAGUCCCACCAAUGGCUUGGAGUCAGUCAAAGAAGGCUGGCUCUCCCGGAAUCCUUACGACACCCAUUAUGGUGACACACACUUCUAUGACUACAGUCGUGACUGCUGGAACUGGACAAUGUAUCCUAAAACUCGUUUUGCUUCAGAGUAUGGAUUUCAGUCCUGGCCUUCCUUCAGUACCAUUGAAAAGGUUUCCUCCCCUGAGGAUUGGUCCUACACAAGCAAUUUUUCUGUCCAUCGGCAGCACCAUGAAGGUGGCAAUAUUCAGAUGCUUCAAGAGAUUGGCCGUCAUUUCAAACUUCCCCAGUGCCCAGAUCCUGUAAAGCAGUUCAAGGAUAUGAUUUACCUCACUCAGGUGAUGCAGGCUCAGUGUAUAAAGACAGAAACUGAAUUCUAUCGUUUUAGUCAGAGUGAAAUAAUCAAUGGAGAAGGACACACCAUGGGAGCUCUGUACUGGCAACUCAAUGACAUUUGGCAGGCACCUUCGUGGGCUUCCUUGGAGUAUGGUGGUAAGUGGAAACUCCUCCAUUAUUUUGCCCAGAACUUCUUUGCACCACUGCUGCCUGUGGCCUAUGAAGACAAAGGGAUGUUGCACAUUUAUGGUGUCUCAGAUCUUCAUGAGGACCACAAGGUGACUUUGAGGGUCACAGUGCACGCCUGGAGCUCUUUGGAGCCCGUGUGCACCCUUGCCAAAGAAGGUGUGACUGUUAAAGCACAGAGUGCUGUCCCCAUCUACAAGGAGCCCAUCUGUGACCUUCUGGGAAGAUGCAGAAAUUGUACCAGGGAAAGCUGUGUGAUUACUUUCUGUCUCGUGGGAGAAGAUGGGCUCCAGAGUCCUAGGAACCAUUACUUCCUUUCAUCACUCAAGGAUGCUGUGGGAUUAGAGAAGACCCAGCUUAGUGCCUCUGUGUCCCAACAAGAUGGCAUUUAUAUAUUUGUUCUUCAGACCACUGCAAUUGCUCCUUUUGUUACUUUGGAUGUAGGGAGUAUAAAAGGCAGAUUUAGUGAUAAUGGUUUCCUUAUGACUGAAAAGAAGAAAACAGUUGUGUUUUAUCCUUGGGAACCUACUAGUGUUGAAGAGCUAAAAAGUUCACUAAUUUUGACCUCUCUACUGGAUGUUGUCUGAGAAUACUUCAUUUCAUUCUAGAUAAAGAGUGAAACAGGAGGAGAAAUAAAAAUUAGAAGAAUUUCAUUG